AAAAACAAACAGAAAUACAGGGUGUGAUAGAACUGCUACACAUCAAAAAAGACUCCAAGAAGAAAAAGAGAGAUCAGGAGAGAGUGAGAUGGCGAGAAGGGAAGUUCUGAGCGCGUACCGCGCGCUUCUGAAAGCGACCAGGAAAACAUUUUCUGGCGACACUGUGAUGCUGAAGCAAUCGGCGUUAGAGGUAAGGAAAAAUUUUGAGGAGAACAGGAACGUGAGCUCAGAGGCCGAGAUUCAGAAGCUUCUCGAAGAAGCCGCCGAGGCUUCCGAUUUCAUCACCAACACGAUCGUCCAGGCACAACUCAACACCGAUGCCGGAAGUUACGUGGUGAAGCCGGGUAAACAGCAUGCUGGAGCAACACUUGAACUCCCCUCGGAAGAAAUUAUUCGGAAAUCAGGAUAAGGAUAGACAAGAGAGAAGAGGUUAGAACACGGUGUUCCCUCUUCUAGAUUUUUUAUUUAGGAUCAAUAAGUAGUAUUGCCGGUAAUUUUAUGGAGGUUCUUCAAAUUUUCUCUGCCUAUAUUCCUUUUUGUGGUUGUAAUUUUUUUUCCCCUAAUCCUUUGUUUCCUUUCAAAUCUAUCUGGCAGAGUGGACAGGAUAUAAAUCUGACUGGUAAAAGUAUAUGAUACCCUUCAUUUGUCCUAUGAUUACAUAAUUUAUCUAAAUUGUUUACUGGUUUUUUUAAA